GACGUUUUAUCUAAAAUAUCAUCAGAUGACCCGAAGGUCACAAGACGUAAAUGUAAUGUGUGCGGAAUAGUUCUUUCCUCUUCCGAUGUGUUAACGGGACACAUGAGAACACACACCGGAGAGCGGCCGUAUUCGUGUAAUAUUUGCAACGAAACGUUUACAUUCAAAACUCAAUUAAAUAGACACCAGAAAAAGUUUCAUCCGGAAGGCAAAAUACUCACUAAGUGUAAAGAUAUAAAAGACAAUAUUAAAGACGUUAUAAAUGAGAGGAAAAGAAAAGAAUUUGAUCCCUGUUUUAGUGCAGCAAUCAAUUCCGACGAAGAACGAAAACAACGUGAAGAAAUCAUUUCUGGAAUGACGAGUGGCAUAUCACAUGAGCCUGAAGACAUCCAUAAAGACACUACCUUCGAAACACACGUGGUACCAUCGACAUUUUUCGAUCUGUUUCCAGAAGUAAGAAUCGAUCGAUAUGAAUUGAAAUGUGUCUUGUGUCAAGUUCAGUUUGACGACGAAGUUUCAAUGCAAGAACACAUGAAAAAGUAUCAUUAAAGAAAUUUGCAACGUUAAAAACGUUGAAAUCUUUCGAUUUUGUAAGAUUUCAAAUGAGUUUGAAAUUUAAAUUUUAGUGACGAAAUUACAUACGAUAUUUAACAUUCAAAUUGUAGUGAUUUAAAUCGAAUAUAAAUUACUAAUAAAUUCUCAAUUAUUUUCAUAAAUUUCAUACCUUUUGUUUUUGAAAAUUACUAAGUAAAAAUAAUU